UCCACUGAUCUUGGCCACUUCUAGACUCUCUCCUCAGCCCCAGAACCAUGAGAGUGAUUUUCAAACUUUCCUAGAAACCAGGGGCCACAUUUGAGAGCCCACUUCCAGGGCUUGAGUUUCUGGAUCAGGAGGAAGAUGGGUUGAUGGAAGCAAAGAAUAGUUUGGUGCUUUCCUACUCCCAGGAGAAUCAGGAAAUUAUGAAAGUACCAAACGGACCUCCAAUUCUCUGAAAGAUGUGUGACCAACCGAAAUGCAACCCCUGCUGCCCACAAAAAUGCAACCCCUGUUGCCCAUCCAAACCACCUUGUUGCAUUCAGGCCAAGUGCUGUUGUUUGGAGGCCAAGCCUGAGUGCACCUGCCUGAGCAAGGAGCCUGAUCCCUCAUCAGCUUCAACUCAAGAGAAGGGCUCCCAAACGCAACAGCCACCCCAAAGUCCACAGCCUGGGAACAAGACAUCCCCACAGGGACAGAGGAAGCCAAACAAGUAGAUUUCUCCUGACAACAUGUCCACUGUGUUGCAGGAUUUGGGAUAACCAUGGGCCAGACUAGACCUAGGUUUGCAGCAGCUGAUUU